AUGGCGUCCCGGGGCGGCAGCUCCCUGGGGCUCCUGGCCUGGCUCUUGCUCCUUCAGCCUUGGCUCGACGAGGCCAGGGCAGGCAGGGCGGGGGCUGAGGGAGGCGCAGCACCGCUCUCCCCCUCCACUCUCCCCUCAGGGCCGGGCAGCCUGGACCCAGGAGCGAGCAGGUGGGAGCCGCGGCCCGUAGGCGCUCCAGGAUCCCCAGCGGCCCGCCAGUCCAGGGGCAACGGAGUGCCCCGUGCUUCGGUGACAUUUCCCUCAGAGAGCCGGCCCGGUCUGACGGGGAGGGGACCUGCCCUAGAGGAGGGGCGGCUCGGGGACAGAUCUGUCCAGCGGCGGGGCGGCUCCCUGAGACCUGGGGGGACCCGGCCACUUUCCGAAGAUGCAGGGGAUGCAGGCCUUGCCUGUGGUCAUCGGAUUUCCAGGAUAACUGGAGGAUUACCGGCCCCAGAAAAGAAGUGGCCCUGGCAGGUGAGCCUGCAGACCAGCGACGGACACGUCUGCGGAGGCUCCCUCAUCGCCAGGAGCUGGGUGCUCACGGCUGCCCACUGCAUCUAUGGCCACCUGGAAUACACAGCGAAGCUGGGAGACACAGAAGUGCAGCACCUCUCCAAAACGGCGCUUGUGGUCCCGGUUCGUGACAUCGUUAUCCACCGAUAUUUUACUACUCUUGGAAUAAUUCAGAAUGACAUUGCCCUUGCUCUGCUUGACUUCCCUGUGAAUUACUCCACGCACAUCCAGCCUGUGUGCCUUCCUGAACAGGCUUUCAUGGUGCAAGCUGAUACGAAGUGCUGGGUGACUGGAUGGGGCAAAGUAAAUGAAACAGAUCCAUCAGAUAAAGCAGUAACUGAGCUUCAGGAGGCUGAGCUACGCAUUAUGCUUCAUGAAAAAUGUAAUAAGAUACUCAAGAAAAACCUGAGAAGGUGGAAUGCAGUGAUCAAGAAAGGGACUGUCUGUGGCUACAGUGACCAAGGGAAGGAUGCCUGUCAGGGAGAUUCUGGGGGACCCCUGGUCUGUGAAUUAAAUGGUGUAUGGAUCCAGGUGGGGAUUGUGAGCUGGGGCAUUGGCUGCGGUCGCAAAGGAUAUCCUGGAGUUUACACGGAUGUUAGUUUCUACAAGGACUGGGUCAUUGGCCAACUGAGACAAGCUUCAUGUCUGGAUUCAGCAGACUUCCUCAUCCUAUUCCUGUGUCUGGUGAUGCCCCUGGGCAUCCUGGUGACCCCAUGA